UGGUGGCGGGAAUUCUUUCAACAAUUGGUGACUUCCCGCCAUGUUUUUCAGCCAAAAAUUCAAUCAACCCGCUCUAAAUGAUUCCCCCCUCUUUAAAUUUAUUUUCCUAUAAAACACAUUCCCCCUACAACUCCAGUCCCAAUCCAUUCUUCCAAAAACCCCGUCACUCUUCAAAAUGGGCACAGCAAGUUUGUUAGAAGAAGCUCAAGGAGCCGGUGCCGUCAAACCAGCAGCAAUGAAGAAAAAGGGAAAACAAGCUAAACCAACAACUGAGGCAUCCGGCGCUACUGCAGAUCCUAAAACAAAGUCUGCUACCAAACCUAAACAAAAACGAGGAAGAUCAAUCAGCAGUGAGGAUGCUACUGUUUUGAGGAAAAUGCCGAAACGAGCUGCUUCGUGUUCUGAUUUUAAAAGCAAACCCGUCCGUUUGUCCGCUAAGGAUGCAACAAUUGAGAACAAGAAGGUCCAAGUCGUAGAAGAAGAAAUAGCAGCCUUAAGUUUGAUACCGGGCCCAGAUGAUCCACGACCCAAUAGAAGAUUGACAGAUUUCAUCUUUCAUGACGCCGAUGGGAAACCACAACCUGUUGAAAUGCUGGAAGUGGAUGAUAUAUUCAUCUCAGGCAUCGUAUUGCCGUUAGAGAAAACUUCUGAAAAAGAAAAGGAAACCGGGGUGCAGUGUGACGGAUUUGGUCGUAUUGAAAAUUGGUCAAUAUCCGGUUAUGAAGACGGUUCUCCUGUUAUUUGGGUCUCUACAGAUCUUGCUGACUAUGACUGUGUAAAGCCGGCAACAAGCUACAAGAAAUUGUUUGAUCUUUUUUACGAAAAGGCUCGUGCAUGUGUUGAAGUCUACAAACGGUUGUCGAAAUCUGCGGGUGGCAACCCGGAUAUGAGCCUAGAUGAACUACUUGCUUCACUUGUUCGUUCAAUGAGUGGGAGUAAAAACUUUCCUCAUGGUGCGUCAAUCCGGGACUUGAUUAUUUCAUGGGGUGCGUUCAUUUACGAACAACUUGUUGGGUUGGAUGACGCGCCUAACAGUAUUGAUAAGCCAUUUGCUGAACUACCCGCGCUUGAUGCUUUAAAGGAUGAAAGCAAGAAAAUUGAAGAGUUUGCAGGGGCAAAAAUUCCGUCCGGUGGAUCGAUGAAUGCACCUUUGAAGAUUGGAGAUGGAGGAAAAGUUAACCAGUCAAACGGGUCUGGACCAACCUCUGAUGAAGACGAAGACAUGAAGUUGGCUCGAGUUUUACAAGAAAACGAAAACUGGCAAUCAAUGAGACAGAAGAAACGACAACGACCCGCAACUUCAUCAAGCAAGUUAUACAUUCAGAUUAAUGAAGAUGAAAUAGCAAAUGACUACCCACUUCCUGCUUAUUACAAAACUAGUGUUGAAGAAACCGAUGAAUAUAUACUCUUUGAUUACAUGGAUGAAUAUGGUAUGAUUGACCCUGACGAUCUUCCAAAAAGCAUGCUUCACAACUGGUCACUCUACAACUGCGACUCACGGUUGAUUUCUUUGGAGCUUCUUCCUAUGAAGCCGUGUGAAGACAUCGAUGUCACUGUGUUUGGAUCAGGGGUAAUGACAACAGAUGAUGGAAGUGGAUUCUGUUUUGACGAUGAACCUGGUAGCGCUUCCGGUUCUGGUUCUGGUUCUGGUUCUUCCUCUGCUGCACAAAAUGAAGACGGUAUCCCUAUUUACCUGAGCGCUAUAAAGGAGUGGAAGAUUGAAUUCGGUGCAUCAAUGGUUUUUAUUUCAAUUCGAACCGAUAUGGCUUGGUAUAGACUAGGAAAGCCGUCGAAGCAAUAUUCCCCGUGGUAUCAAACAGUUCUUAAAACCGCAAGGCUUGCUAUUGCGAUCAUCACUUUGCUGAAAGAGCAGACCCGCGCAUCAAAGUUAUCAUUUUCUGAAGUUGUAAAGAGAUUGUCGGAAUUCGAGAAGAGUCACCCUGCUCACAUAUCUUCAAACCCGUUGAUUGUGGAGAGAUACGUAGUGGUUCAUGGGCAAAUCAUUUUGCAGCAGUUUGCUGAAUUUCCUGACGCUACAAUCAGGAAAUCUGCUUUUGUGUCCGGUCUAGAGGUUAAAAUGGAAGAAAGACAUCAUACCAAAUGGACGGUUAAGAAAAAGAAAAUCGAGUUGAAGCAAGCGAAUAUGAACCCGAGAGCAGCAAUGGGCCCUGUGGUUUCAAAACGAAAGGCAAUGCCUGCUACAACAACACGGUUAAUUAAUAGGAUCUGGGGUGAGUUUUACUCGCAUUACUCACCUGAAGAGGUAAAAGAGGGUGAUUCGGUUGACGUGAAGAAAGAUGAAGAAGACGAGCCGGAAGAAAACGAGCAGGAAGAUUGUGAAGAACCUGAAGAUGAAAACAUCGCUCUUCCUGUACCAGAACCUGAGAAACCACAAUCAGCAUCAAAAGAAAAGAAAACCCGUGGGUCAAAGUCAAAAACCGACAUCAAAUGGGUCGGGAAAGUGGUUGGGAAGAUGACUGACGGCAAGUCUCUGUAUAAAGAGGCGGUUAUUCGGGGAGAGGUGGUUGGCUUAGGUAGUUCGGUUUUGGUUGAAUCAGAUUCGUCUGAUUCGGACGAAGGUUCUAUUUAUUAUGUUGAAUACUUGUUUGAAGACUCUGAUGCUAGAAAAUUUGUUCACGGGCGAUUAAUGUUAAGAGGUUGCAAAACUGUUCUCGGCAACAUAGCAAACGAGCGGGAAGUGUUUUUGACAAAUGAUUGUUCGGAUUUUGAACUUGACGAGGUUAUUAAAACUGUGGUAGUGCAAAUCAGAACACUGCCGUGGGGUCACGAGCAUCGAAAAUCGAAUGCUAAUUUUGAUAAAACAGAUAGAGCAAAGGCUGAAGAUAGGAAAAAUAAAGGUCUGCCGGUUGAGUUUUAUUGCAAGAGUUUAUAUUGGCCUGAAAAAGGUGCUUUCGUUUCUCUGCAAACUGAUAAACUGGGACUUGGAACCGGGACCUGUUAUUCUUGUAAGAUUACGGAAGAUGAAAAGAAAAAGGAGGUUUUCGAGGUGAAUGAAUCCAAGACGGGUUUUACUUACCUGGCAACCGAGUACGGUGUUGAUGACUUUGUGUAUGUCGGUCCUCAUCACUUCGACUCAGAUGAAAGGGGCAACGGAACUCAUAAGAGUGGUAGAAAUGUCGGGCUUAAAGCGUAUGUCGUUUGUCAGUUGCUGCAGAUCGAAUCUCCCAAGACUUCAAAACGGGUUGACCCUGAUUCGGUGAUGGUUCAAGUUAGAAGAUUUUACAGACCUGAAGAUUUGUCUGCAGACAAAGCGUACCGGUCUGACAUUCAAGAGGUGUAUUACAGUGAAGAAACGCAUAAGUUUUCAGUGUCAGAAAUAGAGGGAAAGUGUGAAGUUAGAAGGAAGAACGACCUUUCCUCUUUGGACAGCACUUACAUAGUUGAUCAUGUGUUCUUCUGUGAACGGCUUUAUGUUCCCGAUAAGGGAUCUCUCAAGCAGCUGCCUGUUAACAUUAAGCUUAGUCCCCCGAAAGAAAACUUUGUCAACGAGGCUGCAAUCAGAAAGAGAAAAGGGAAGUCUAAAGAAGGAGAAAGUGAUAUUGAUAUGGCCACCAACCAAUCGAGUUCCGCUUCACAGAAUCGUCUAGCCACAUUGGAUAUUUUUGCUGGUUGUGGUGGCUUAUCUGAGGGUUUACAAAAAGCUGGCGCAUCAAUAACCAAAUGGGCAAUUGAAUACGAAGAACCUGCUGGUGAUGCAUUUAGACUUAAUCAUCCUGACGCGUUGGCAUUUGUUCAUAAUUGCAAUGUCAUACUAAGGGCUAUCAUGACUGCAUGUGGGGACACUGAUGACUGUAUAUCAACUUCUGAGGCUGAAGAAAUGGCUGCGAAACUCGAUGAAGACGAGAUCAAAAAUCUGCCUCGACCUGGGCAAGUGGAUUUCAUCAACGGUGGCCCACCAUGCCAGGGUUUUUCUGGCAUGAACAGGUUCAAUCAAAGCACAUGGAGCAAGGUUCAAUGCGAAAUGAUAUUGGCGUUUCUGUCAUUUGCUGAGUAUUUCCGUCCCAAAUAUUUCUUGUUGGAAAAUGUGAGGAACUUUGUGUCGUUUAACAAGGGGCAGACGUUUCGUUUAGCUCUCGCAUCAUUGCUUGAAAUGGGUUAUCAGGUGAGGUUUGGAAUUCUGGAGGCUGGGGCUUUUGGUGUAUCACAAUCACGCAAACGGGCUUUCAUAUGGGCAGCUUCCCCUGAAGAAAUACUACCCGAGUGGCCUGAACCAAUGCAUGUAUUUGCCAGCCCAGAACUCAAAGUCGCACUGAACAGUAACACACAAUAUGCUGCUGCUAGAAGUACUGCAACUGGCGCUCCUUUCCGUUCAAUAACCGUUAGAGACACAAUUGGUGACCUUCCUGCUGUUGGAAAUGGGGCUUCUGCCACAACUAUGGAGUACAAAAACGAGCCUAUCUCUUGGUUUCAAAAGAGAAUCCGGGGAGACACGCCGGUUCUAAUGGAUCAUAUAUCAAAAGAAAUGAACGAGUUGAAUGUGAUUAGGUGCCAGAGAAUUCCUAAAUGCCCUGGUGCUGACUGGAGAGACCUCCCUGCGGAGAAGGUUAAGUUGUCAACUGGACAAAUGGUUGAUCUUAUACCCUGGUGUUUACCAAACACCGCCAAAAGGCAUAACCAAUGGAAGGGUUUGUUCGGAAGGCUUGACUGGGAGGGAAACUUUCCAACUUCUAUUACUGACCCACAGCCUAUGGGUAAGGUCGGGAUGUGCUUUCACCCUGAUCAGGAUCGUAUUCUAACUGUUCGCGAGUGUGCUCGAUCUCAGGGUUUCCCUGAUGGGUAUAAGUUCUCUGGUAACAUCCAACAUAAGCACAAGCAGAUUGGAAAUGCAGUCCCUCCUCCGUUAGCAUAUGCAUUGGGUCGAAAACUCAAGGAAGCGGUGGAAGCAAAACAGAAGCAGUUGGGCAAGUGAGUGGUACCUGGCUUGUGGUUGUUUUUGUUUGUGGUCUAAUAUCCGGACGUUAAUGUGUAUAUAGAGCAAGGCCAUGUAGUUUUUAACUUCUUUUCGAGUAUGUAGUCAUGGAAUUUGCUUACAUUGAAUUGGUAGCAGACAUAUAUUGCACCAUGAUGAGCAAUACAUUCUCUCUUAUGGUCCAUUAAUAGACAACGGCUUCCCAUUUUGCGCCA